ACACUUUCAUCUCCUCUCCCCAAAUCUUAAAACAAAAAAUCAACUCUCCUUCGCCCUCGCCCUGACUAGAGCGGUUGUAGGGCUUCUGUGACGUCUUUUUAUCUACCACCGGCGCAAAUCACCAUCGCCAUCCGUCGUAUUACAUCGUCGGAGAUAGGCUGAGAGGGCGUUCGAAGGUUUGAUUUUUCUAUUCGCGUUCACUGUGAGAUCUGCUGAACAGAGCCUGCGUGUGUACACACCUGAUAUUUGUGGAGGAGAGAGAAACCUAGGGCUAGGGUUUUGAUGCGUUGUUGCGGAUUGAGAACAAGGUUUGCGGGUUGGAUUCUUCGAUUAUGGCCAACAACCAUGGCGGUUCUGGAUCCAAGUUUGUGUCUGUAAAUUUGAAUAAGUUAUAUGGGCAGCCUUCUCAUCAUAAUUAUCCACCUCAUAGUGGCUCUUAUGGACCGGGUAUUGGGACAAACCGUGCCCGACCUGGUGGGCAUGCUAGUACCGGUGGUGGGAUGGUUGUUCUAUCAAGAAACCGUCCUCUGCAGAAGGCUGUCCCGAAGUUAUCUGUUCCACCCCCCUUGAACUUGCCUUCACUGAGAAAAGAAUAUGAGAAAAUUGAUUCAUCAGGGGCAGGGGGAGGGGUGGCUGGUGGUGCUGGUUCAGGUAGUGGUUCAAGACCAACUUCUUCAGGUAUGGGCUGGACCAAACCUGGAAAUGUUGCUUUGCAGGAGAAGGAAGUUGGUGGUGAUACUCUGGUUUCAGAGAGUGUGAAUUAUACUGAAGGUGCAGCAGCUACCAAGGGAAGUGGCACAUAUAUGCCUCCUUCAGCUAGGUUUGGUGGUGGACUUGGCCAUGGAGAUACAUCAUCAGCUCAUUAUCCAAACAUGCCUACUCUAGAGAAAGCUAUGGUGUUGAGAGGAGAAGAUUUUCCAUCUUUACGGGCUGCUUUGCCUUCCUCAUCAGGACCUGCACAAAAACAGAAGGAAGGAUCUUUCCAAAAGCUGAAACAAUUAGUUAGUGAGGAGUCAUCCAAUGAUCUAAGAAACAGUUCUCGUUUCAGUUCACCUGCUCAUAUCCAAUCUUCCCAUCGCAUUGCAAAUGGCAUGAAUGAAAAUGGUGGGCAGAGUCCAAGAUCAAACAAUACACGCCCGGAUCAUGCUCAGAAGCAAGAGGACCCUCUACCACUUAUACGGUUGAAUCCAAGGUCUGAUUGGGCUGAUGAUGAGCGAGAUACAGGUUAUGGGUUUGCAGGAAGGAGUGGCAGAGAUCAGGAGUUUCCCAAAAGUGAAACUUAUUGGGAUAAAGAUUUUGAUGUGCCUAGGAGCAGCAUUUUGCCACAUAAGCCACCUAAUAAUCUAUCCGAAAGGCGUGGUCAGCACAUGGGUAACAUAGCAAAGGGUCCCACUUCUGAGGUCCUUAAACCUGAGUCUUACCGGAGAGAGACAAAUAUGCAUAGUAGGGAAGACAGGGAAAGCAACUCUUGGAGGAGUUCUUCUAUUCAUGAAGAUAGAUCUACUGUUCCCCAAGUUAUAAGUAACAGAAACAAUGUCAAUGUGCCAGAUAGUUAUAACAACAGUAAAUACAAUUCAGCUUUGGGAGACAAUGCUCACCAUGGUGUGGUUUCAGGAAACUAUGUGAGAAGGGAUACAGGGCAAGGGAGACAAGGGGGACAACGCCACUGGAAUCACUCUGUAGAAUCCCCUAGAUACCAGAAUGCUGCAGGGUCGAAUUAUGGUAGGGAGAAGUCUUCUUUUUCAAAGAGUGAGCGAAAUUACCUAGAUGACCCUUAUCAAAAAGACUUCAGUUCCAGUGUUUAUGAUGAAAGAGACCCAUUUACUGGAAACCUAGUUGGAGUGGUUAAAAGAAAGAAGGAGGUGAUUAAACAGACAGAUUUUCAUGAUCCUGUUAGGGAGUCUUUUGAGGCUGAACUUGAAAGAGUUCAAAAGAUGCAAGAGAUGGAACGACAGAGGGUUGUUGAAGAACAAGAAAGAGCUAUAGAGCAAGCACGAAGAGAAGAUGAAGAGAAACGAAGGGUAAUCAUAGAGGAAGAAGAAAGGCGAAGAAGAAUGGAAGAAGAAGCUCGUGAAGCUGCAUGGAGAGCAGAACAAGAGAGGUUAGAAGCCAUUCAGAAAGCUGAAGAGCAAAGGGUUGCUCGUGAAGAAGAGAAAAGAAGGAUGCUUCUUGAGGAAGAGAGAAGGAAACAAGCUGCCAAACAGAAGCUUCUAGAAUUGGAAGCUAAAAUCGCAAAGAGGGAAGCUGAGGUUGGAAAGAGUGGUGGAGAUGAUGAAGUUCCAGUUGGUGGAAAAGACAGUGAUGCAUCGAUGGAUUCAGAUCUUGAUAACUGGGAAGUUAGUCAGAGAAUGGUGGAGAGAAUUACAACUUCAGCAAGCUCUGAUUCAUCUGCAAUAGACAGACCCUUUGACAGGCCUCAGUUUUCUAGAGAAGUUUCAUCUAGCUUUGUGGAAAGAGGAAAGCCUGUUAAUCCAUGGAAACGUGAUGCAUUUGAAGUUGGAAGCAACUCAUCUUUCUUACUCAACGAUCAAGAGAAUGGUCAUCAUAGUCCCAGGCGAGAAGCACCCAUUGGUGGGAGAUCUUUUCCCAGAAAAGACUUUUAUUCAGGAGGUGGAUACAUGUCAUCAAGGUCUCCUUUCAGAGGAGGAAUUCAAGAUCCUGAUACUGAUGGAUUCCCUCAUGAUCACAGAUGGAAUUCUUUCGGGGAUGGAGAUUCUUAUGGAAGAACCAGAGAUAUCGAGUCAGAAUUUUAUGACAAUGUUGGUGAAGUCUGGGGACAUGGACAGGGGCAUUCUCGUGGAAAUAGGUUGUAUAUGAAUAAUUCAGAGUCAGAUAAGCUUUAUCCAUAUGGGAGGUCAAGAUAUUCCAUGAAGCAGCCUCGUGUUCUUCCCCCUCCAUCCUUAUCAUCUAUUCCUAAAUCUUCAGUGAGAGGGGAGAAUGAACUUUCUGCUCCUUCAAGUUCUCUGGAAUCAACUGCAAGAACAGGGGGUAAUUAUGGUGGCGUUCAAGACAAGCUUGAACAAUCUGAUCUUGUUGAUGUUCAACAAGAAAUCAUGGCACAGAAGUUAGACAAGAAUGACACACUAAGAUGUGACUCACAAUCAUCUCUUUCAGUCUCAAGUCCCCCUAGCUCCCCAACACAUCUCUCUCAUGAUGAGCUGGAUGAUUCCUCUGUUAUCCCAACUGGAGGUGAUGGAAAUGAGACCCCUGAACAUGAUGUGAAUGAUGAACCUGGAGAAGUUAGAGAAGUGACUACAAUGGCAGCAGGUGAUGAUGAUGAGGAAUGGAGCCUUGAGAAUCAAGAUGAGAUGCAGGAACAAGAAGAGUAUGAUGAAGAUGAUGAUGGGUAUGGUGAAGAAGAUGAAGUUCAUGAAGGAAAUGAUGAGAAUAUAAACCUGACACAGGAAUUUCAGCACAUGGGUCUUGAAGAGAAAAGCACGAAUAAUGUGAUGGAAAAUUUAGUCUUGGGAUUCAAUGAAGGUGUUGAAGUUAGAAUCCCAGGUGAUGAAACCGAUGUGAAUACAAUUGAGACACCAGAAGAAAAACAAGAUGCAGUUGAUUCAGUCAAUUCAGUGAUUAAUGAAUCAGUUGUUCAGCCUCAAAAUGCCACAUCAGAUUCUUCCACCACUACACAUGCAUUACCUUCUGUACCUAUUCAGACAGAUUUACCAGUCAAACUCCAGUUUGGGUUGUUUUCUGGGCCUUCUUUAAUACCAUCUCCUGUUCCAGCCAUACAAAUUGGAUCCAUACAGAUGCCUCUUCAUCUUCAUCCACCUGUUGGUUCAUCAAUGGGCCACCUACACCACCAAUCACAACUUCCUCUUUUCCAAUUUGGUCAACUAAGAUACACAUCUCCUGUUUCACAGGGUAUUCUUCCAAUAACUUCACAGCCCAUUUCACUUGUUCAAUCAAACAUUCACCAAACCCAUUUCAACUUGAAUCAGACUUCAAAUUCCGGAACUUUACCUAACCAGUUCUCUCAAGAAACCAUGAAAAAAGACAAUCAUGAGAAUUGGUCAAGGGGGUUGACUGGAAUUGCAUCCAAACCAGUUACACAAACCGAAGAGAAGCUACAUGGCACUCCUGAUAAUAACAAAUCUUCUCAAAAAGAUGUGCCCUUGUCAAAGGCUCCAGGUCCUAACAAGGGUAAAAGACCAACAUACCCUCCGAGAAAUUCCGGGUCAAGAUCUUUUCAUGGUUACGACCCUUCUCCAGCUAACGAAUAUCGGAAAAACCGACGCCCAAUUCAACGAACCGAGUUUCGAGUCCGUGAAAAUUCCGAUAGAAAACAGACACCUGGCAUUGGAUCUUCUAAUUUUGAUGACAAGUUCAAACAUAUGGGAGCUUCUAGAAGCGGGUAUAGGCGUCACAUGGUGCCUGUUAAGUCAUUGAAGCGGGUUGUACCUGAUGUGUCGGGUUCUCAUGAGAUGAAAGAAACUGCAAGAUUAACACCACCCAAGACCCAGUCAACUGAAGGUGGUAACUUAAAGAGGAACAUGAACAUUCUAGAAGAAGAGGUUGAUGGAUCUGAUGCACCAUUGCAAAGCGGUGUUGUACGUGUGUUUAAGCAACCAGGGAUCGAAUGUCCAAGUGAUGAAGAUGACUUCAUUGAGGUCAGAUCAAAACGACAGAUGUUGAAUGAUCGACGUGAACAGAGAGAAAAAGAAAUCAAGGCAAAAUCACGUGUCGCAAAGCAACCACGAAAGACACGUCCUUCUGUUCAAGGCCCAAAUAAAAUCUCUGUUUCAUUGGUUGGUGAAGUAUCAAAGAAGGAACCUUCCGCUGACUUUUCAACAGUGUCUUCUCAAUCUCAACCAUUGGCUCCAAUUGGCACUCCUGCUGUGGAUACUAACAAGACUCCACAAAGAGGAUCUGGUAUUGUGGAAGAUAGUAGUUCAAGUCGCAUGUUUGAGACUGAAAAUAAGGCUGUUGAUGAUGUUCAAACAUCUUUGGGUGACUGGGGUAAUGCACGAAUGGAUCCGCAGGUUAUUCCAUUGACUCAAACUCAACUUGAUGAGGCUAUGAAGCCUGCAAGGUUCAAUACAACACAUGUAACAUCUAUAGGAAAAUCAAUUUCAUCAUCUUCAAGCCCAAUCAACUCUCUGCUUGCUGGUGAAAAAAUUCAGUUUGGGGCAGUUACCUCACCAACAAUACUCCCUCCUAGUAGCCGUGUCGUGUCGCAUGUGAUUGGGGCUCCAGGGUCUUUUCGUCCUGACAUGACUCAAAACAUUUCAAAAACUGAAAAUGAUUGCAAUAUAUUCUUUAAAAAAGAAGAUUCUGAGGCUGAAGUUGAAGCUGUUGCUGUUGCUGCCAUUGAUAGAGAUGAGAUUGUUGGCAAUGGGGUGGGACCCGAAACCGGACCCGUCUCAGUUUCAAGUGAUCAACAAUCUGGAAGCCAAUCUAAACCUGAAGAAUCUCUAAGUGUAUCACUUCCUGCUGAUCUCUCUGUUGAAACUCCACCAAUAUCAUCUCUAUGGCCACCUUUACCUAGUCCUCAAAGCUCAUCAACUGCCCAAAUGCUUUCUCAUUUCCAUGGUCCCACACCUUCUCACUUUCCAUUCUACGAGAUGAACCAUCAUCAUCAGCCUCCACAUCAUCCUCAUCCCAUGAUGACUGGGCCCGUUUUUGCUUUUGGCCCACAUGACGAAUCCGGUGGGACCCAACCCCAAUCCCAAAAAACUACAAAUUCCGGAUCAAAUCCAAGACACAUGCCACCACCCUGGCAAAACCAUUCCGGAAUGGACUCGUUUUACGGACCACCAGCUGGAUUCACGGGUCCCUUCAUCGGUUCCCCGGGCGUGCAAGCCCCACCACAUAUGGUGGUGUACAACCAUUACGCUCCAGUCGGGCAGUUCGGGCAGGUCGGGUUGAGCUUUAUGGGUGCCACGUAUAUUCCAUCUGGGAAACAACCAGACUGGAAGCAUGAUCCGACAACAUCUUCUGUUUCUGUUUCUAGAGGUGAAGAAGACAUGAUGGUUUCUGGGCAACGACAUCUAGCCCCUGGCUCUCCGUUAUUGCCCAUGGGUUCCCCUUUGACAAUGUUCGAUGUCCCUCCAUUUCAGGCUGCACCAGAUAUGCAGCGGUGGUCCCACGUACCUCAUGCAGUUCCAAUGUCACUACCGUUACAACAACAGCCACCGGAAGCUAUGACUGGGCCUUCACAGUUCAGCAGCCAUGUAGGACAUCCUGUUGACCAGUCAACGUUUCCUCCCAAUAGAUUUUCGGAACCUCAAACCUCAACUCCAUCGUUCCCUGAUGAACUUGGGUUGGUGGUGGACUCAUCUGGGCCGUCCAUUUCCACCACAUCUGCUGCUCCGGUGACCGGAACCACCACAAAGACUGUUGAUGUAGGCAGUGGGGGCGGUGAGACUACAAAUGCUUUCAAGAAUCAACAACAGGGUAAUAAGAAUUUGUCUUCUUCUCAACAGUAUAAUAACAAUAAUCAUCAUCAUCAUCAUCAUCAUCAUCAUGGUUAUGGGUAUCAAAGGGGUGGUGGAGGAGGCGGGGUGUCUCCUAAACACAAAUCGAUGGGGGGACCUGGACCAGGACUAGGACCACAGUGGUCUCCCCAUCGUAGGACUGGUACAUUCCAUGGAAGGUACCAGUCCAUGGGGCCGGACAAAAGCUUUCCGCCUUCAACAAAAGUGAAACAGAUUUAUGUGGCCAAACAACCGGCUGCUUCGGGUGGGUCGUCUUCGACAGUUGGAUGAGAAUAUGUUGAUUGGAGGUUUUUUUGUUUUUUUUUUUUGUGAGAGGAGUUUGAUUGAUAGAUAAGUUGGGUUUAUGUAGUAGAAGUUGGUAGUACAACAACUAUUGGUGUUCUUAAAAGUUGGAAAGCUAGGAAGAAUUGGGGGUUUGGGUUUUGGUUUUGGUUAUUAUUGUGGUGUAAAAUCGGAACCUUGAUAUAGAUAGUUGUUUGUGGGUGUUUGAUGUAUUGGAAUUAUGUUGAAGAUCAUUGAAAUAAAACCUCCUUUUCUCAUUGUGUCUGUUAUUAGGAC